AUGGAAGGCCUAAAGCUUAUCGCCCAGUCGACUUUCGACAGGCAUCAGAAGUUCCGGAGUGGCAACGAUGAUUCGCAGCGCUAUAACGUCAUAGAGAUCGGCGCCUUUGAAUCGCCAAAUGCACAACUCUCCACCUCAGGCACAGCAUCAAACCGACAGUCUAUCGGGAGCAUCCCCAAUGCACCCUCUGUUUCUGACGGCGGUACAGGCGACACCAAAUCACAGAAAGAUGCAUCUAAGGCAACAGGCACGGGUGCGAGCGACGCUGGUGGAAACUAUACCACUUUCAAUGAAUGGACGGUGCAUGAGGAAGACUUGGUCGCAUUUAUGAAGAUGAGGCCUGUUGAAUCAGUUGUAGUACGCACAAAACGAUCUGUUUCCCAGCUACAACAGGCAGACCCAAAGAAAGCGAAGGAGCCGAGCCAAGCAAUAGAGAGUGGAACGGCCAGCACCGUAGGUCACUCAAGGAGUGUCAGCCUGCAAAGCAACAAGACGGCGGCGACAUCGAUCACGACAGCAACGACAGGCACAUCACCUGGCAAAACGAGUGAUGAGGCUCCCAGGAAAGCGAAGCAGGAAGUGGAAGCCGCUGCAUCGCUAAAAAUAGUGUGCAUCCAGCGCGCGGCCCCUGAGGAGGUUGACGGUGCGGACACGAAUACCUUGGCCAUUUCGCGCGAGGCUUUCCUCCAUCUUUAUGUGGACACUAUGGACGCAGAUCACGGUGCACUCUAUUUCAUUGCUCGCGACUAUGAUGGCUUCCACGAGUACAACGACACGACCAAGGGCAUUGUGACGACCUUUAUUGGCACGGCAGAUUAUGCACUGGUGUGGACGUUCAAUCGCCGCAGUCUGGAGACCAGAGGAUUACUCAUUGACCGGAAACCCCCAGAGAAGGCAAAGGAUCCAGGACCGGCUCCGGAAGCCACAACUGCGAAGAAGAAGACAAGCAAAGGAAGUACGGGAGCAGUGAUUCCAAGUGAAGCCUGGGUGGGCUUCAGGAAUAUGCUGAAGAUGUACCGCGGCUACAUAUUUGCACCACCUCUGCUGAGCUUUGUCUCAUGCCUACACAUGCUCCACUCAUUUGAUGACCAGCUCAGCGCAAGCGAUCUGCCACACGUAAAGGAUAUUGAGAGAAAAGUUGGCAACGGGACGACCGAGAUAACCAAGACUGGAGACGGUGGGAAGACUACCCGAUCUAAAAGCCAACCUCUUUCACGACAGUCGUCCAAUUACGCGACAAAACUAUCAACAGAGCCGAGUUUUGUCGACUUUUCACCGGGCACGCCGACGCAGAAGCCCUUCAGCAUCGACAAGCUGAUAUCCUGGUCGCAAGCAUCUGGCGAGAUCGCGGACAGCGCGGCCCGCAAGCUACGACAGAUCAAGAUGGGGAAGGAAAUAUUAGAGAUGAUAUCGAGGGAGCACGAGACACUGGUGGCAGACGUUGUUGCACCUUCCUUCCUCGACCGGUAUCACAGGGCGAUGCAGGGCAUGAUCGAGGCAAUACCCGCGGUCGAGAGGCACAUGGCCUCGCUGGAGGAGACACUGGUAGACUUGAAGGCACGGACGGAGAGGCUGAACGGGUUGAUAUCUGCGCUGUUCUCGCGCGAGCAGGCCAAUACUGAUGGUAAUCCAAUGGCAUCCUCUUUGGAUUUGGCGUUGACGAGCGAGGACCCCGGGACCUCGAGUGUGAACCGCAUGGCUAUGAUGAGCACGACUUUGAUGCCGAUUACACUCUUUUCUGCGGUGAUAGCUAUCGCCUUGAUAAGAUGGUCUGUGGUUCUGCCGUGCAUGAUUUUCUUUUUCUUGGGUUGGUCAACGGUCACACAACGUGAGUGGGUGAAUGAAGCCUCGGGGCGAUCCUACCACGACGAUGAACACUCGCUGAGGCCUGGAAUUAUAAGCCAGGUGCCGGAAAAGGUGCUGCAGGGCUGA